AUGGAGAAGGACUUCCAAGACAUCCAGCAGCUGGACCCCGAGGAAAAUGACCACCAGCUGGGUAGGGGUGAGGGGCCAGGCACUCAUGGACACAGUCCCAGGAGAGCAGAUGCAUUUUGGAAAGCGCCCCCUCCCCAGCCCCCUCUGCUGCGGACUCUCUGCUCCAGCCUCUGGCUCAGCCUGCUGGUCCUGGGCUUCAACGUCCUGCUGCUGGUGGCCAUCUGCGUGAUCGGGUCCCAGAGUGAGGAUCGCAGGGGAGCACAGAUGCAAAGGGAGUUUUGGACCCUAAAAGACGCUUUCAGCAACUUCUCCGCCAGCACCCUCACCGAGAUCCAGUCGCUCAGCUUCCACGGAGGCAGCACAAGUGACAAAGUGAUGUCUCUGGAAGCCAAGCUGGAGAAGCAGCAGCUGGAGCUGAGAGCAGAUCACGCCACCUUGCUCUUUCACCUGAAGCACUUCCCAGCCGACGUGCGCGUCCUGUCCUGUCAGAUGGCCUUCCUGCGAAGCAACGGCACGGAAUGCUGCCCCAUCGGCUGGCUGGAGCACGACGGCAGCUGCUACUGGUUUUCUCGCUCUGGAUCCACCUGGCCGCGGGCUGAGCAGUCCUGCCGGCUGCAGAACGCCCACCUGGUCGUCAUCAACUCCAGAGAGGAGCAGAAAUUCAUUGCACAGCACUCGAGCCCCUUUCACACCUGGAUAGGUCUCACUGAGCGCGAUGGCUCCUGGAAGUGGUUGGACGGCACAGACUAUGGGAACAGCUACAAGAACUGGGCCUUCGGUGAACCAAAUAACUGGCAGGGGCAUGAGGAGGGCGGAAGUGAAGACUGUGCUGAAGUCCGGGAGGACGGGCGCUGGAACGACGAUUUCUGCCUGCAGGUGCAGCGCUGGGCGUGUGAGAUGACACGCAACAUCACCGGCUAGGAGCCCUGACCCCAGCAGAUCUCCACCUGCACCCCACCCCCACCCUGCUCCCAGCUUCUCUCCUGGGGAUUUGGA